AUGGUGGUGUUAGUAUUUUGUGGUUGUGGAUCUGUUGGUAUUACUUUUCUGAAUUGUUCAGUUAGAUUUUUUGGUCUUGAAAAUGAUAUUGAAGAUUUUGACAUGAACAGUCUAGUUAAUGAGGUUAUAA